AUGUCCUUGCUUGACUUGGCUAACGAGCUGCUGGUAGCCGUGGCCCAGUUCCUCGACGCCGAGCGAGACAUUGAUGCCCUUGGCCGGUCCAACAAGCGACUCUACAAUCUACUCAUCACCCAUCUGUAUCGAUACAAUGCCCGCAACUCCAGGGCGUCCGCUCUUGUGUGGGCAGCCCAGACUGGCCGAAUAGAGACCUUGCGACGCGCCAUUUCCGUCGGCGUCAGGGUCCACGAGUUUGCGCUGCUACCCAUCGCCUCUGAAAAAGGCCAUGUCGACUUUGCCAACCUGCUGCUCUGCACUCCUGGGGUGGAUGUCAACGUGAUCAACAUGGACGGCUGGACGUCCCUGGCGGCCGCCUCGAGGCAGGGCCACGCCGACGUGGUCAAGCUGCUUCUCGCUGCAAAUGCACAUUUACAGACAAACUACGCCGGCUGGACGCCGCUCAAUGUAGCUGCCAACGAUGGCCACCUCGAAGUGGUGAAGCUGUUGUUGGCUGCAGGCGCAGACGUGUCGGUCCCGAGCGAGUUGGGUUGGACACCUCUAAAGUCUGCUGCCGGCAAUGGACAUCUCGACGUCGCAAAGCUUCUCCUAGCACACGGAGCUGACGUGGACGCAACCGCCGAACAAAUGUGGACGCCCUUGCAUUCCGCCGCCAAUGCUGGACAUGCCCAUGUGGUCGAGUUGCUACUGGACCGAGGAGCGAACACGGCUGCUGCAACUGCAGAUGGCUGGACCCCUUUGACACUGGCAGCCGACAAGGGCAUGGCAGAAGCAGUAAAGACGCUUGUAGCAAAGGGUGCCGACGUUGCUCUGGCCUGUGGCAAUGGAUGGACACCAAUCACGCUUGCUUCGGACAGUGGUCAUGUGGCCGUCGUGCAGAUUUUGUUGGAGAAGGGUGCGAAUGUAAACUCGACAUGCAACAAUGGCUGGACCCCCUUGGCCCUCGCUUCUGGAGCUGGCAACGUUGCCAUGGUUGAGCUGCUGCUGAACCUUGGAGCCGAUAUUCACGCAACCAACGGCUCCGGCUGGUCAUGUCUCCUCAUCGCCUCAGACAGAGGUCAUUGCGACGUUGUCAAGGCCCUCCUCGCCCACGGCGCCGACGUGCUCACAGCAAACCGUAGCGGGUUAACGGCCUUGCAUGCUGCCUCAGAAAACGGCGAUGUUGAAGUAGCCGAGCUGCUGCUUGCCAACGGCGCUGAUGCAGCAGUAGGAAAUAGAUGCGGUUGGAACGCUGUUCACAUUGCUGUACACAACAAUCACCUGAAACUCGUCGAGCUGCUCCUAAGAACCCCGGGCAUUGAUCUUGACUUGAGGGACAACAACGGACGCAGUGCCUCAUACCAUGCAGCAAUGAGAGGAAAUGCCGACAUGGUGGAUCUGUUCCUAGCAAGGGGGGCGUCACUGACUAUACCAGAUGCCUAUGGCUCGGAACCCAUCUUCUCGGCCGUCAGAAAUGGCCACGAAGCGGUUGUGCGCCGACUGCUAGCCGCGCAAUCCUAUUCGCUGAAGCAUCUGGAUGGCUUUGGACACAACUUGCUUUGGUGGGCUCAACGAAGUGGUAGCCUAGACCUACUGCAGCUCGUCCGGCAACACGUCAGCCUGCACCAUGAUGGCGUCGAGUUGGAUGAGGACAUGGAGCCCGAAAAGGUUCCAGCCAAGUUCGUCGAAGAUGCCUGCUGGUGCGAGGUGUGUACUCGAUGCACGGUACUCGGCACCGUCUCGUACGAGUGUCCCAUGUGCGACGGUGGCUUCUUUCUUGUCUGUGCCGAGUGCUAUGAAGCCGGCGCGCGGUGUCGCGAUAACAGUCAUGACCUUGUCCCCCAUUCUUGCAGCAGAGUAGCUUAA